AUGGGGUUUUCAAAGACCAUGAUGCCGUCUAAGCUCCAGCUGCUGGCUGUGUUGGCAUUUGCGGUAGCGAUGCUGCUCAUCGAGAACCAGAUCCAGAAACUGGAGGAGUCCAGAGCCAGACUCGAAAGGACCAUUGCCAGACACCAGCUGGCAGAAGUGGAGCAGCGACACAGUGAAGACUUGGGGAGGGAAUCCCCUCCACUGGCAGAAAAAGACGAUAUGGUCAUCAUCUACAACAGAGUGCCCAAGACGGCCAGCACCUCCUUCACCAACAUCGCCUACGACCUGUGUGGGAAGAACCGCUUCCACGUGUUGCACAUCAACACCACCAAGAACAACCCAGUCAUGUCCAUACAGGACCAGGUGCGCUUUGUCUGGAACGUCACCUCCUGGAGAGAGAUGAAGCCGGGCUUCUACCACGGCCAUGUAGCUUAUCUGGACUUCUCCAAAUAUGGAGUGCAGGGUAAGCCAAUGUAUAUUAAUGUGGUGCGGGACCCCAUCGAGCGCCUGGUGUCGUAUUACUACUUUCUGCGCUUUGGAGACAACUACAGACCCGGGCUCCGACGAAGGAAACAAGGAGACAAAAAGACCUUUGAUGAGUGUGUGUCAUCGGGGAGGUCGGACUGUGCUCCUGAGAAGCUGUGGCUACAGAUCCCCUUCUUCUGUGGACACCAUUCAGAGUGCUGGGAUGCUGGCAGUAGAUGGGCCCUGGAGCAGGCCAAGUACAACCUGGUGAACGAGUACCUGCUGGUGGGGGUCAUGGAGGAGCUGGAGGACUUCAUCAUGAUCCUGGAGGCUGCGCUGCCUCGCUUCUUCAAGGGAGCCACGGAGCUCUACAGAACAGGCAAGAAGUCCCAUCUGCGAAAGACCUCUGAAAAGAAGCCCCCCAGCAAAGAGACGAUCGCCACGCUGCAGCAGUCGGACAUCUGGAAAAUGGAAAAUGAGUUUUACGAGUUUGCACUGGAACAGUUUCAGUUUGUGCGCGCUCACGCCGUCAGGGAGAAAGACGGAGAGCUGUACGUCCUGGCUCAGAGCUUCUUCUACGAGAAGAUCUACCCCAAAGUCAGCUAA